AUGAGGCUCCAAUGGAACAAGUUAAUGCUUGUGACAGCUGUAGUGUUAGUUCUACUGCCCUGCGGUUUUGGCCAGGGUGGUGUCGGCGUCAAUUAUGGGUUGAAUGGAGAUAAUCUUCCAUCUCCAGGAGAAGUUGUUGGCAUGUAUCAGAGGUGUAAAAUUCCAUACAUGAGGAUCUUUGAUCCGAACCAUGACGUGCUCGAAGCUCUAAGAGGAACAGAGAUCAUACUCAGCCUUGGUACCAGAAAUGAAGAUAUAGAAAACCUUGCUGCAAGUCAAGAAGCAGCCACUGCCUGGGUUGGUGCUAAUGUGCAGCCUUAUGCAAAUGAUGUGAAAAUCGGAUGGAUCACAGUCGGUAACGAGGUGGUUCCAGGACCGUCUGCCGCUCAUAUUAGUCAAGCCAUGACUAAUGUUCAUAAUGCUCUUGCUUCCGUUGGCUUGUCUAAUAUUUUUGUGACAACUGUUGUUUCAAUGGCUGCAUUAUCAGUCUCAUAUCCACCCUCAGCAGGAGCUUUCUCAAACGAUGCAGUGGAUUCCAUGAACAGCAUUGCGCAAUAUUUUGCAAAUGUUGGUUCAGGAAGCCUUAUGGUCAAUGUGUAUCCUUACUUCGCCUAUGCGUCUGACCCGGAUCAUAUAUCGUUAGACUAUGCCACGUUCAAGGCAACGGAUCCAGUGGUCGAUGGAGAGUUGAAUUAUUUCAACUUAUUUGAUGCAAUGGUAGAUUCUUUUUAUGCUGCAAUGGAGAAAAUCAACGCGGGGAACAUUUCUCUUAUUGUAUCAGAGACUGGUUGGCCUUCGGCUGGAAACGACCCUAAAACAAGUAUAGAAAACGCAAAGACGUAUAACCAGAAUCUCGUUACUCAUAUAAAGGGGAAUGGAACGCCCAGGAGGCCAGGCCAAUUGUUGACAGUAUUUUGGUUCGCAAUGUUUAAUGAAAAUCAGAAGCCAGUAGGAGUAGAGCAGAACUUCGGAUUAUUUAAUGCAGACAUGCAGCCUGUGUAUCCAGUUUUGAAUUGUUAG